AUGGACCCAAAUCUUCUAAGGCACAUGGAGUACUUUACGGUGCCCAACGCCCAGACCAGCAAUGCGGCGGAACGCGCUGCGAAUCUGACCCGUUCGAGCGGCACAGGCCAGCCAUACCCGUUAUGGAACCCCUCUACCCUCGGGGCCGACAUUGACUUCUCUUUCAACCCGCAAGGACUGGAAGGCCUGGGAUCAUUUGGAGCUUUCGAACAGUCUCAGGACCAAAACAACAGCGGUACCGCGUUCGAGCCCCCACAGCGGCAGCGCUCAAUUUACACCCAAGGCCCGAGGACUCUAGUUCCAACCCGAACGCUGAAACCACCAUCUCGAGAGAAACCUGAGAGGAAGCGUUCAAAACUUAGCACGGAUUCGACGCCCUUUGACUCAGUGGACUACUGGCUUCAGUUUGACAAUGAGGGAACAAUUCCCGAGGAGACGGGUGCAGAGGCGAGCGCGAGCGCGACCACUCAGGGUGAGCCGGCCGUCAAGCCCACAGCACAGGAGCCACAGAGGUCUCGACAGCUAUCUAAUUGGUCGAGCAGAUCCCAUAAACAAAAACGACAAGGCGAGGCGCAAGCUGCGUCUCAAUCAGGUUCACGAACAAGACAAGUGAAAGUCGAGGAUUCUCUGGAUGAUAGCGCGUUGGACAAUGCGCUUUCUGAUGAUGAGCAAACAUUUGCUUCGAUGAGUCUUGCGGAACAGCUUUCGAAAAUUGAUUCGACUGCGCCCACGGAAGUCCCACAACGAGAAAGUCUUUUUUCGACCCCCUUGAGCUGGGAGCGGCCACAGCCGGGCUUGAGGAUGGACUCUGUCAUGAGCACACAAUCUAGGAGCACACUAGAUCAAGCGGAACAACGGCGCCUCAUAGCAAUAGCGAUGAACCGAGGAACAACUUCUGGUGGACUCGGCUCGAGUAUGGCUGAUCAGUAUUCCCAAUAUCAGACUGAUUUUGAGUCAGCUAUGAGUGGGUUUGGCUUAGGAACUGCAUCGAUGAGCCAGCUGCUCAGCAUGCCGCCUCCGAACAUCGUGCCACCCAAACAGCCCCAACCACAACGACCAGACAAAGGGAAGGAGAAGGCUGGUGCCAAGGGUGACCGGACUGCACAUAACGAUAUCGAACGCAAAUAUCGCACAAAUCUGAAGGACAAAAUUGCCGAAUUGAGGGAUGCCGUCCCUGCGUUGCGGACUAUUCCAGAGAACGAAGUGGAUGGCGAGGACGUGGGCCAGCCCUCACGUGGCCCUAAAGUCAGCAAGGGUGCUGUUCUUACCAAAGCCACCGAGUAUAUCCACUACCUGGAGAAGAAGAACAAGAUGAUUGUGCAACAACAUCAAGAGCUCUCGAAACGACUGCAAGCCUUUGAGCAACUUCUUAGUGCCACUGCUCGGCCUACAUAUCAAAUGCCAAACUAUAGCAGAACACUGUUCGACCCAAGAGCUUUCUGCUAA